AUGGUUGUACAAGAAAUAGAUACUUAUAGGGAAGUAAAUAAUGCGCAAAUAUCUACAGAAGACAAACUUGACAAUCAUCAAAUUGUUGAAAUCGUGCUAGCAGAACAAUUAGAAUAUGAGCAAGGUGAUCUGGAUGACUCUGACAAAGAGCCUCCAAAUAUUUUAGCCUCAGAAGGACUAAAUGAACUAAAAAACUUUAUUUUACAAAAACCUAUUACAGAUUUUUUUGGUAGAACAGGAACUCAAAAUAAUGAAUAUUUUCCCAAUAAAGAAUAUUUUCUUGGUAAAGAAAAUUUUCUUGAUGACAAUAGUCUUUAUUAUGAUGACUUUUAUGACAAAGACCCUAAUAAUGAGGAUCUUUAUGAAGAAGACCUUUAUAAUAAAGAUCUUUAUAACAGAGACCUUUACAAUAAAGAUCUUUAUAACAAAAAUGAUCUUUAUGACAAAGAUGAUGAAAUGGAUUAA